GUUCGGUAGGGAGGUCGGUCCCCGGUCCUCCAACCAGAAGAAGCAAGAGAGAGAUAAAAGACGGAGAUAGAGUGGGACCUUUGGAGUUACUCUACGACCUACCGUGUGACGGUCUACUAUUCGGGCUACCAAGUACCCAGCGCCCGGCCAACCGGACUUUUCUUCAGUCGACGCCGCGCACCCAAACGGUCCAGACCUGCCUGCCUCGCGCCUACCACUCAACCAGUCGUUAAAAUAGUCAGCUGAAGACGAGUAAUGAAAAACUAAAUCGCGCACCCUCCAUCAAGAAUCCGAGACCCGAGCCCGUGCUAAGUGCCUUUGUGAAAAGCGAGUCGCCAACCACAUCCACAGUGUCGCGUUUCACUGUCUCCUGACGUUGAAGAGGAACGGGCUCGAAAGCAGCAACGGUACCUCCACCUUACCGGAUAAACUUUUUACGAGAAUCGUUGGAACGGCAUUUAUUUACUAUCACGGAACUAUGCGUUUGGCGAAAAACAUAAAAUAAUGAUCCAGAAUGAAAAAAAAGAAAAGAAAAAAACGUCGAAUCGUUUGUCUGGCUCAUAAGAAGAGCGCUUUCCCAACAACUAGAAGGUAACGGUGAUCUAACUCGGAAAGAACAGCAGCAUCUAUUAGGCAGCGAGUAUCAGCCUAGCGCCAAGCAACGAGUGGAAGGAGUAGUCGGUGGUAACGCAUACGCAUACUUUUCUUGAACGUUGCCAACAAGCGGUGGGAAUUCAUAAGGAUGUUCGCGAUAAUGCCGAUGGAGACAGAGGGGCACGGCAGGGAGUUUGGUCGCCGACAGAAGAUGCGCGCUAAAUGCACUGUUGAAUUCGUCUGCAAGUACUGCCAGCGGCGAUUUACUAAGCCCUAUAACCUUAUGAUCCACGAACGUAGUCACAAGGACGAUGUGACUUUUACAUGCGAGGUCUGUGGCAAGUCUUUUAAGCGCCAGGACAAUCUCAAACAACACAGGAGCAUACACUCCGUUCCCUACAAGGGCUCCAACGGCUACUCGAAUGGCUAUUCGAAUGGCUACUCUAGGUACUAGAAGCCAUCCGACCAACUCGCCAAUGUCUCCCUAUUCCAUUUUCCUUAACUAUCCUAAAAACAAUAAUUCCAUACAUAUAGACUCAUUCAAGUUUUCCUGAAAUAUGUAGAUUAAUUUGUUUCAUAUCCUUUCACACGCCUCACAUUAUCCAUCCGAUUUUAUAUAUAUCCGUCCGCUGUUGUUCGACGUCGCCGGACACGCGCGACACAUACACAGAAAUACACGUAUAAACGCUAUUUAGGUACCGGCGCUGAUUGACGCGGGACCUUCCGUUUAAAAAAAUCCCGCGCUCUCGCUAGUCCAGCAGUCCCUAAUAUUUUCUUAUCUUUAUCUAUUUUCCUUUCCUAUAAGCUCUAUCCCCUUUCACUCUUACGCAUACUCACACACAUACAGACUCCUCCCUCUCUCUAUAUUUAUCUAUUUAUGUAUCUAUAAAUCUGUCUUUUUGUAAGUGUUUCACUGCCUCUUUUGCUCAACAUAUCUUCAUACAUUAAUUACGCAAAAAUCACAUCCUGCAAUGAGCCUCUCCUGCACUCAAAGAUCCGCAUUUUCCCUGGCAACAUGGAAUUAAAAGCAACAUCAAGAGAUCUGCACUGUAUACUACGUCAGAAAUAGAAGAAUCGUCAACGUCAUCAUCAUCAGGAACAACAGCCAAGAUGAGUGAUCCAAAAAGAAGGAGUAGAUGACGGUCAUACCUUCAGAAUUUCAGCUGAUUUCGUUUUUGAUUGUAGACUAUGUAAUAAUGGAUUGAGCGAGAGAGAAACAAAGAGAGAGAGAGAGAGAGAGAGAGAAGGAAAGAAAACGAAGAUUGGUUACAGAGCACAAAUUGAUUCUAUAAUCUUUGCUACCGAAGUAUAGUCGGCCACGUCCAACCUUCAGGCGACACAUCCUUUGAGGUUGAUAAGAUUUUUUUUCUCUCUCUUUCUUUGUUAUACAUUCAUAUACUCAAACUUGUUAUCCCAAAUGUGUACAUGCUUUCGCUCCAUUUUGCAAAAAUUUCUAGUAACUUGAUUGUAAUAUUGAUGCGUGCGCAUUCUCGCGUAAGUGAUGAGUGACUACCGUAUAGCGAAGCGACGGUGUAAAAAGAAUACCGGUGCUGAGCUUGGCAACGUCUACAAGAGCUAACUGGCGUUCAAUGCUAUAAAUAAUAAUUAGCCGCUCUCCACUGCAACUGAUAUCACUUUUAUUCAGUCAUCAUUAUUUUUUAUAUCCUUAUCUUUC